AUGGUGCCGGCAGACGAACAGACACGCACGCACGCACCGCUCAUGCUCGCGCCGUACCUCAACGACGCGAAGGACCUCGCGCGGCGAGACGAUGUCUUCAUCGCGCGUCAGCCGCCGGCGGCCGCUCCUCCGGUGACGGCGCGCUCGCCCGUGACCUCCCGCGGCGAGCCCAUCGUCGCGCAGCCCGUGUCGUCCGUGAAGAGCGCGGACAUCCCGCCGAUGGACGGCAGCGAGACGAGGGAGCAGCGCGAAUGUCGCGUGCUACGCGCGCAGGUUCGCAGACUGGAGCGAUCUGUGACGCUGGCGAGGGACGAUGCGAGGAUGGCGACGAGGAGGGAGCACACGGCGGUCGCCAACCUCGCGCUCGCGACGUCCAACCUCGAACGCGAGAGGGGACGGUUGGAAAGAGCGUGCGAGGCGAGGAUCGACGAAGCCGCGAAGAGGGCCAAGGACGAGGGCGCCGCCGCGCGUCUCGAGCUCAAGCGACGCGUCGAGAAUCGCGAACGAGCCAACACGAACUUACGCGAGAGGAUCGACGAGGCGCGGGCCGCGCUGCGCGACGCCAGGGCGCACGGCGAGGCGGCGGAGACCGACGCUCGCGACGUCGCCAGGGAGCGCGACGACUUGGCGGCGAGGAUCAACGCGCUCGAGGCGGAUCUCGCGGCGACGUCGCGCCGCCUGGACGACACCGAACGAGCCCUGCGAAGCACCGUCGCGAGCGCGGAGGCGCGGACGCGAGCGCUGGAUGCCGAGCUGGCGAGGGAGAGGGCGCGGGGGCAGGACGCGCGGGCGAAGCUCGGGGAGGCGACGGAGAGAAUAUCGUCGCUCGACGCCGAGGUCGCGGCGCGUCGCGCGGCGGCCGAGGCGUACACCCGGCGGAUCACCCAGGCCGAGGAACGGACGCGGGGUAUGGAGCGGAAGGUGACGCACGUGCGCUCGAGGCUGGCGGAUAGGGAGAGGGACCUCGCGAACGCGGCAAAGGUGCGAGCGAGGGAGAUGGAAAAGGAAGCCGAGCGGCGGAGGGAGUUUGAAUCCGCGCGGGGUUGGUUCGACGCGCAGAUGUCGGCGAUGCGGGGGGAGCACGCGCGGCUGAUGGCGCUGGUGAAGAGGUUCGAGUCGGCGGCGCUUCCCGAUUGGAUGUCUUGAUGA